AUGGCUCCGCCAGACUGGGUCCAAGAGAAGCAGCUCACGCCCGAUGAGCAAAUACAGCGUCCCAGAAAACGAAGUGCGGUGAUCCUCGAAGAGCAGGGCCAGGAAGCAAAGACGGUGGCACCCUCCAAAAGAGUCACUCCCCGGAUGCCGUUUCACGGGGAAAAUGGUUCUAUUACGGCUACAUACGCAGAGGCCAGCCAAGCCCAAGGACCGAGCACACCUGACCUUUGUGAUUUCUGCGCUCGCUCGCUACACGUCGACGACGGUCGCGACGGAGGCUUCCUUGGGGACUCUUGGGACGGCUUCCAAAAUACGUUGUGUUUCACGAUCAAAAAUCCGGACAAAUUUCUCCCAAUUGAGUACGCAAAGAAUGGAGAACAAAUGAGACGGUUCUUGUGGCGCGGGAACCCCGAAAACAGAGAAAGACGGCGCGCCACGCCGCCUUCCCUACCGGAGCUCUCCGAAAGUUGCCAGUUUUGCGGCUUCCUCAAGGCACUUUUCACCCAGUACUAUGAGAAAUUAGAGUGGUGGUGCGAGCCAGAAGCGGAGAUCUGGUACUCGGUUCAGCACAGUUGGUCGGGGAUGAGGAGGUACAGAAGCCAGGAGAAUGGAUGGCAUGAAGUGGUCAGGGGCCAUUUGGAUUCGCUGUAUAUUGUCGUCGAACACCCAAAAAUUCAUCGUGGACAACAGGAUAUCCAGCUACCAAUUGCAAUGGAUCCAGGUCCGUGUCGAGACUGGCUCGGUGUAGAGAAGUCUCCAUUGGAUACCGAAGCAGGGCUAUCCCAGGCCAAAGCUGAGAUGAUCCAAGGCUGGAUCAGAGACUGCGAGAGCGGUGUCGACGGCUGCAAGCAGUGGCAGCAAGAAAAAUUUGUGCCGAAGCGGCUCCUAGACCUCGGCGCCGAUGAGACUUUUGACCCAAUCUUGAUCGAAACCAAGGAAAACCUGGAGCAAGACUCACACUGCGACUUUCGAUACAUUUGCCUGAGCUACUGCUGGGGUCAAAAGCUGCCGAUAAAGACUACCUCAUGCACGAUCGACAAUCACAAGAGAGGAAUGCCGCUGGACACUUUGCCGCUGCUUUUCCGCGAUACGAUAGCCGUAACCAGGACACUAGGCAUCCGAUAUCUCUGGAUCGAUUCGCUUUGCAUCAUCCAAGAUAGUAAAGAAGAUUGGGCCACAGAAUCUGGGAAGAUGGCCGACAUAUUCGCGCACUCCUGGCUAACCAUUGGCGCUGCCACCGCCACUUCAUGCAAUGGUAGUCUGUUCGGCCAGAGGAAACAACUUGAUGGACUACCCUUCCAGUCCUCUUUGGACCCCAACGUAUCCGGUCACUAUUCCAUCUACCUCUUCGAGCAGGACAUAUACACGAAUGCGCUCGAUCCAAACUUACGGUCCUCGAAAUGGAACACUCGAGGUUGGGUCUGGCAGGAGCAGAUUCUGAGCCCGAGACUACUGGUUUUUGGAGAUUGCAUGAUCUCUAUGGAUUGCCAUGAUCGCAUCGUCUCCGAAGAUGGAGUUUACAAGACCAAAUGGCACAAGAUAUGUCCACAACGGAGAGAGACGUAUAAGAUACUUGCUGCUGUGUCGGGCUUUGCCAAGUCGAUGAUUCGAGCCUUGAAGGGCGUGGAGGGGCCGAUGGAGUACGCUGCGGGGAUAUGGCUUUCCUCUUUGCUAUCGUCACAACUUCUCUGGAUAGUCCACUUGGGGCCUCGUGUUUCCUUCAGGGAACUGACACGCCCAUUCCUGGACAAAACAUCGCAGCUCUACGCUGCACCAUCCUGGAGUUGGGCUUCGUGCGAUCGGCAUAUUCGGAUCAGCGUCCCCCAAGACCCUGUUCGAGACCUAUUCUCGGUCAAGUGCCAUCAGGUUGAGGCUCCAGACAAUGUCAAAGAUGCCAUGAUUGCCGUCAAGCAUGGAUCAAGCAUCACACUUCGGGGUUUCCUUCGUGGCUGCCCGAGUAAGCCGACUGAUGGCGUAUUCCAUCCUGUUUCCGAAAAGCCUCCCUGCAACUUCCAAGCUUAUUGGGAGACGCCGUAUAGAACAGAUCAGCCCCUGGACCAUUCCGAUAAUUCCAUCAGAUUCUUCCUGAACUGGAUCCCUAAUGAACACGAUAAGGAAGAGUCCAACGCUGAGAGCAAGUUCAAGCUCUUUCUGCUUGGCGGUUGUCGGGUCUUCGAAGGUCUUCUUCUUUGGCCGAUUGGCGGAAUAAGUGAUUCUUAUAUCAGAGUGGGAAGUUUUCAGAUAGGUGAUGCUGUUGAGCGGCGGGGCAGAGUGUGGGAGGAUGAUGAGAUAGACGGCUGGAUCAAAGAAGAAGUAACAAUCGUGUAG